AUGAGGGAAAUGUUAAUGAUAUGCAUUGCCGGUGGAACGGCCAGCGGUAAGACAACAGUGUGCGAGGAGAUCAUCAAAAGAUUGGAGAAUCAGAGAGUGUCAGUGUUGUGUCUGGACUCAUUCUAUAAGCCACUGACAAAGGACGAUCUGGAGAAUGUGACCCAAUACAACUUUGACCAUCCCAGUGCCUUUGACUGGGAGUACGCCACUCGUGCCAUCAAGGAGUUAAAGUCUGGCAACAAGUUCCACAUCCCAACAUACUGCUUCAAGACACAUACUAGACUGGCGGAAACAUCGGCUGUCAAUGGAGUGGAUGUGAUCAUUUUCGAGGGCAUCCUGGCAUUGUACUCUCAAGAGAUCAGAGACCAGAUGGACAUUAAGAUAUUCGUGGACACUGAUUCGGACACACGACUGAGCCGAAGAGUGAUCAGAGACAUUGCUGAGCGAGGAAGGUCUCUGGACAGCGUUCUGCAUCAAUACGAGAAGUUUGUCAAGCCAUCGUUUGAUGAGUAUAUAUUCCCAACCAAGAAGUACGCAGACGUUAUCAUUCCAAGAGGCGCAGACAAUGUUGUUGCCAUUGACUUGAUUGUCCAACAUAUCAGAUCAAAGUUGAACGAACAGGAUGCCAAGAAGUUGAAUGGUGGUCGUGAAUAUGUCGAUGGAGCAGACAGGUAU